CCACAUGCGUGUCGUGGUGCGUCGCUUUUGGACUCGAGGCACAUUUAUUAAAAAUGAUCGCGUCCAGAGUAUACAGUUGAGUCGAUACGAGAACACCGUAACCGUGCCACGGCAAAGGUUAGUACAGUCUAUAGGCGACUGUCCUCUCUGGGCCUAUUUGUCUAGGCUGAAUAAACGUUCAAAUGAGAAGGACCGAUUCACAUAUAUACAUGAAUUCUCUACUAGACUAGUCUAUAUGCAGCAGAGUGAGUAAGGCGCGGGUUGAUAGAAAUAGGCUAAAUGCCGGCUUUUACCGGGGUUGUUGAUAUCUCAAAGGCCGGGUGCGCGCUGCCUUAUAUCCUGUUUCAGUUUCUGGACUGCUGACGUGACACCUGGAGAGGGCUCUCUCGUUCUUUCCGUGAUUGACCGGAGAAAGGCUCGAGGGCUGUGUAGUCAGGACGGACUGGGCUGCCCCGGUAGAAACGGCUUUCCUGUUGUGUUGUCAGAAGGCGGACCGGUGUUGAGCGUUCCUGGGAGUGUGUAUCCCGCGAAAGGAAAGGCUCCGCAGAGAGAAAGUAGCAGCUGGCUAAACCACGAACCGCCCAGGCUAAAACAUUCUCUGUCUGAACAGAGACCGAGACACUCACCGCCGAGAGAGAAGGAGAGCUGGACCAAAACGAAAUAAUUUUCUGACCUAAUGAUAAUCUAGCCUUUUCUCCUGCUGAAGCCCUAAGUUUGUUACCAGUCCCAGUGCGUUACUGGCUUUGCAGCUAGCCUUCUACCCAGCGAACCAUGGCCCAGGUCGGGAACGGAUCUGGAAACAACGCCGACGAUGAGGAUUGUUUUGAAGAUGCCUACGACCGGAUACCUGUGGCUGGUAAGAUGGAUUUGAAGACUUCCAUAGAAGAGUGUUCUAUGGCUCUGAACCUGGUCCUGAACAACAAAUUCUCCGAGGCCCUGGACCUCCUCAAACCAUGGUGGAAGGACAGUAUGUAUCACGCUCUGGGCUACAGUUCUAUCCUGGUGAUGCAAGCUGGCAUGACGUUUGAACACAGAGACAUACAGACAGCCAUGGCCGUCAUCAAAGAGGCCUUAACAACCUGCCAGAGGUUCAGGAAGAGAAACUCAGUGGUGGAGUCUAUCUCUAGUCUGGUGACCAAACAGUCUAAUGACCACCUCAGAGAAGGUGAGUGUUGA